CGCAUUAUUUUUUGUUUUGAACGUCAACAGAUUUUCAUGAUGAGAUGGAGGUAUGAUGUGUCGGUUUCAAAAGAUCGUGGGAGCGCAACGGGUACGAGCUGCAUCAGUGAUUGGGCCUUCAAGUUUCCAAGUUAAAAAAUUGUUCGAAAUCACGUCAAAUGGUUUGCCACUUCAUUGACACAAUUUUCUUACACAUAUCAUUAUAUUUCAUUCAUCAAUUACUUGGAUUCAAUACUAACCAUGAUGCGCAUUUCCACCCUCGCCACGAUUGCUCUCGCAUCGUUCCUGUGUGCAAAGACACAGGCCUUUUCCAUGCGGAUGGGUCCUGAAAAACAAACGUCAAUGGAAUCUCGUCGGGGGUUCUUAUCCACUGCUACAGCAGCUGUGGUAACAGCCGCGGCACUCAAUCCGAUUCAGAAUGCGGCUGCUGCUCCAACGAUCUACAACCUAAGCAAUGGUAUAAAAUAUGCAAUCACUCAAGACGUCACCAAGGGAUCUUACCCGGAACAAGGUGAUAUAAUUGCAAUCGAAUACACGGGGUACCUCUCGAAUGGUGCGAUUUUUGAUGCAACACACAGCCAAGGAAAGAAGAAUGCCCUUCUAUUCAAGUUAGGAAGGUGAGAAACAGUUAUUCUAACGCGACUUUGGAUCAAUCGUCGCACAAUUAUUAUUAAUGAAAUCGGUGCAUCGAGUCUAGAAGACUAAAAAUAAAUGUUUCGGCGCCUUUCUCUUUUUUUCGUAAGCUCGGCUGUUAAUGAGGGUAUUAAUUCUAUGGUUUCGGAAAUGAAGGUUGGACAAAAAGUGCAAGCGAUCAUUCCCCCUGCACUUGCUUUCGGAGAUAAGGGAAUCUGCUUAGAAA